AUGGGUUUCAUCAAGGCCCUUUCCAAAGCUUCUGCCUUCGGAGGCGCAGUUACUACGGGAUGCUACCUCUAUCUGACCAGGGGCUCCAACGUUGUCCCCUGUUCCACGUCAGAUUAUCUCUUCACCUCGCCAUAUUUUAGCAAAUAUAAUCCCCAUAGGAACCCCGCCUAUCAUGACAUGUGCUUGAGGAGGGUGCCCUUAUCCAAACUUAAUCCCCAACUUUUGGCCCAGGACGGAAAGCUAGUUGAAGCGUUCUGUGCCAGUGUGUGGAGUGGCCUCGGUUAUGCAAUCCAACGCUUCUACCUUACGCGCACGCAUAAGGGGCCAGAGACCUCCCACCAACUGUGGUCGAAAUCUCAACUCCGCGAAUCCACGUACCCCGUAGGCACUGAGAUUACAGACCACUUCAAUGUGGUCGAACAUGCACCCUCGAGGAUUAUCUUACGGUGUGGCGACUCCCCCUUAAAACGUGACGUAAGGACGACCGAUGGUCUCUUCGAGAUAUCAGCCAAUAUCAACCAAGAGGAAGCGGUCGCUGAGUUCGGGCUGAAAUCUCUCUUUUAUCAAGGAUUGGGAAAAUCUGAUAAAGAACCGAUCCCUCGCCCUAUCGUGUGGCUUCAUCAUAUCUACACCAAGCUUUUGAUGGAGACCGCCGUGCGGAGAUUAAUCCGAUAG